AUUUAAUUUUUGUGGAUUUUUUUUCUUUUUUUUUCAAAAUGGGUAGAUCACUACUAAAAUCUCGAUCCAACCAAGUGCUGAAGUGUGGGGAGUUCUAUUUGAAGACGAAUCCGCAGCUGAGCUCCCUGCGAAAGUACAGCGAUGGUGGCAGCCUCAAGGAAGUGCUGGCCAAGAAGAUACCACAGGAGCGCGAGAAGAUGCUGGGCAUCAAGUGCCUGCACGGCGACAAGAAGUUGGGCGAUAUCAAGGUGAGCAAUGUGAUGGGGGGACAGCGGGGUCUGCUGCUCCUCAUGUGCGACACCUCAUAUGUGGACCCCAACAAGGGGAUCUUCUACCGCGGGAUAGCACUGAAGGAUGUGUGCGCCAAGCUGCCCCGCGUCCAGAAGGACAGCAAGGAGGGCACACCAGAGGGAGCGUUCUACCUACUCACGGCUGGGAAGAUGCCCAACAAGAAGCAAGCGAAGGACGUCACCACGGAGUGGCAAAAACGGGGCAAGCUCCCCGACUACUGCUUCAAGCUGCUGGACAGCAUGGACAAGCGUAUCCAUCCGAUGGCCCAGUUUUGUGCAGCCAGCGCCGCUCUCAAUCCGGAGAGCAAGUUCGUGGAGGCCUACACAAAGGGUGCGAAGAAACCCAAAUACUGGGAGUACAUCUACGAGGACUCCAUGAACCUGUGCGCCUACCUGCCCACUGUCGCGGCGGUCAUCUACUGCAAUAUCUUCAAGGGCGGAAAAGGCAACCGCAAGUUGGAGUCUUCCAAAGACUGGUCUGACAACUUUUGCAAUAUGAUGGGCUACAAGGACAAGGGCUUUGUGGAUCUGAUGCGACUGUAUCUCAUCCUUCAUGCCGAUCACGAGAGCGGCAAUGUCUCGGCCCACACCACCCAACUGGUGGGCUCGGCGCUCAGUGAUCCCUAUCUAUCGUUCUCGGCGGGCAUGUGUGGUCUGGCGGGACCCCUGCAUGGACUGGCCAAUCAGGAAGUCCUGGUGUGGCUGAACCAACUAAUCGAAGCCAUUGGCUGUGAGCCAAAGGAUGAAGAGAUACUCAAGUUUAUUAAUGAUACGCUGAAGAGUGGUCGGGUCGUUCCCGGCUAUGGUCAUGCGGUGCUGCGUCAGACCGAUCCUCGCUUCUCCCUGCAAAACGCGUUUGCGAUGAAGAACUGCAAGGACGAUCCGAGUGUUAAGCUUGUCACACGCCUGUGGAAACUCAUACCCAAGGUGCUUAAGGAACUGGGGAAGGUAGCCAAUCCCUAUCCCAAUGUCGAUGCCCAUUCGGGCGUGCUCUUGCAGUACUACGGCAUGACUGAGAUGAAAUACUAUACGGUUCUCUUCGGGGUAUCCCGUGCCUUGGGGGUUCUGCCGCAACUGAUUUGGGCUCGUGCUUUGGGUGCUCCCAUUGAGAGGCCGAAAUCCUUCACCACCGAUUUCCUGUGCAAGUUCCUUUCCAAGUCGAAGGACAAGAAGGGUAAGAAGUCUAAGAAGGGGCCCAAGAAGUGUUAAGAGUGGAACCAACCAUAAAGAAGGAGUAAUUUGGCAAAAUAUAAAAUAAAAAAAAAUUGGCAAACAUUGGGGCUUAAAAUAGA